UUGUCUAAAGCGUCUAAAGUCACGUCUUCGAGUCAGGUGACAGCUGUGUUAUUUUUUCACUAAAAUUGUUCAAUUGGUGUUUUUCUGUCGAAUCGAAAAUCCUAAAAUGGCUUUACACUCAGCAGCUAAAGGAAAAUUGAUUUCAGUUAUUGGAGAUGAGGACACUUGCGUUGGUUUCCUCCUUGGAGGCGUUGGCGAAAUCAACAAAAAUCGUCAUCCCAAUUUCAUGGUUGUCGACAAAAACACUGCCGUCAGUGAAAUUGAGGAUUGCUUCAAGCGCUUUGUUAAGCGGGAUGACGUUGACAUUAUUUUAAUCAAUCAAAACUACGCCGAACUUAUUCGUCAUGUGAUCGAUGCACACACUGCUGCUUUACCAGCUGUUUUGGAAAUUCCAUCGAAGGACCAUCCGUACGAUUCAUCGAAAGAUUCGAUUCUACGUCGUGCGAAGGGCAUGUUCAAUCCAGAUGAUAUGGUUGCAUCGAACCGUGGUUAAGGAGUCGGUUGGUUUUUUGUUUCUUUUUGCUUCGUGGGCGUUAUAAAAUUGAACCGUUUUUAAGAUCAGUAUUCCAUAGCAAACUGAACUUUGAAUCAUUCCUUUUUUCCUGUUCAAUUUGUGUGGUUUUUUUUUGUGUACAUAAAAGAAUAUAAUCAGAAAUUCGUAGUGUUUUUUGCAUUAUAUGCGAGGGUUCUAAUUUUAUUUAGUGAUCCGGUUUAUAAGUGUGCAAAACAAAAUGUAUAAAAAAUUAAUCCAAAUUGUUAAAAUUAAAUUAAUGAACAUACGUACAUAACGUA